GUUCGAUUUUCGCGGGGCCCCGCCCAUAAUGGACUGUGAUUGGACAGCUGGGACGUCAUGUCUCUGAACCCCGCGCUGAUUGGUUUACAGCAAAGAAGCCCUUUAAACUCCUCCAGCUACUCCUCCUCCUCCUCUUUGUACCCAGAGAAAGAGGCUCAUCUCGGGGUCUUGAUGUCUCGCCGCAGCCUGAGGCUGGAUGACGGGCUGCUGGACCGGAGCCUCCCUCACAGCAGCGCCUCCUUCAGCGUGGGAGGAGCCGGCUGGAGGAGCAGCAGGCCGCUGAAGCCCCGGCGCUCCUCCCUCCUCUCGGCCUCCUGCUCUACCUCCAUGCUGCUGCUCUCCCCCCGCCCCUCCCUCCUGAACGGCAGCAUGGCGUCGGACGCCUCCCUCCUCUCCUCGCUGCUGGACGAGUCCUCGGUGCAGGAGGCCACAUUGGUCGAGGGAUUCUGGGGUCUGGAUCACGAUGUGGAUCCCAAAGAGAGCACCAUCAUCGGGGACCAGAGCACGCUGCUGGCAGACCGCACUCUGAUUGGCUCAGAGGGUCCUCAGGACCCGCCCCUAAGCAGGGGUCACUACAGAGACUGUGAGCCGAACUCAGACAGGAAGGAGAUCCUCACAACCUGCACCCCCACCUCCUCCAAACACACCCCCUGUUCUUCCUCCAAAUACACCCCCGCCUCCUCCUCGUCAGAUCCGGCGGAACAGGAGACCCCCAUCGUUUACUGCAGGGAGAGGAAGAGCAGGACAGCAGGUGUGUUUCCCUCUCUGUGGAGGUGUGUGGUUUCUCUGCUGGCUCUGAUCUCUGCUCACCUGACGCUGCAGAGGCGCCAGCAUGUGAGAGAUGUGCUGCAGCGCUGCAGAGCCUCCUCUGGGCUGCAGGUGAGGAGAGCUGCAGAGUGCUGUGUCAGCGUUCUGCACAAACUGCUGCCUCAGACAGUUCACACACACACAGUUCGAUCUUCUGCAGCCAUGACCUCGUCGGAGCAGCAGCAUCCAGACGCUUCUCUGUGGAGGACAGCAGGCGGUGCGUUCAGGUGGCUCCACAGACGGUGGCAUCACGUGACCGGCAGCUUCCUCCAGACGUGGUCUCCUCUCAGACUGCUCCUGGUUCUCCUCCCUCUGCUCCUCCUCCUCAGUCUGUGCUACCUCACCCCCACCGCUCGGACCUCCCUCCUCUCAGCUGUGAGCCUCACACAGUGGACCGAGGUCUCUGAAGCCACCCCCCUCUCCUCCACCUUCACCUCCCCUCCACCAGCAAAGGAAGAGGAGGAGAGGGAGGUGCAGCCGCUCCACCGCCACCCGGGAGCAGGAGAGCAGUUUGCUCCACAGCAGGAGGCGCUGCAGCGUCUGGAGCUCAGUCUGACGGCUCUGUGGGAGCGAGUGGAGGCGGGGGGGCAGCAGGAGGAGCAGCGGCACAGGGAGGUGAUGAGUCUCUACUCCGACCUCCAGCAGCAGAUCUCAAGUCAGAGGGGGGGGGCACUGAGCGUCCUGAUGGAGCAGCAGCUGCAGCAGAUGAGGGGGGAGCUGCAGGAGCAGAGGAGUCGCCGCACACAGCAGGAGGUGUUGCAGGAGCAGAGGGAAAUGUCUCGUGUUGAUCAGCUGGAGCUGCAGCUGCAGAGCCUGGCUGCACAAACAGAGGAGCUGCAGUGCAGACAGGAAGCUGCUACCGGUUCUCCUUCAACACUUCCUGCUGCUGUCAGUGGGGGGGUGGACCGUCAGUCCCAUGAUGCAUUGCUGGCUGAGGUGUCUCGACUGCAGGCGGCUCUGGAGGGGGUGAGGAAGGAGGUGGAGGAUCUGUCUGAGCGUCAGGAGAGCCAAGAACACCUGGAGAAGAUCCAGCAGACGGUUUCAGAGACGGUCUCCGCUCAGGUCCGCGAGGAGGUCCGGGUUCUGCUGUACGGGAACCAGCUGACUGUCGGGGGCGGGGCUUCAGAAGACUCCGCCCCCUCACAGCCCCUCCUGCAGUGGCUGCAGCAGCAGUGUGUGAGCGAGGCCGACCUGCAGGAGGCGCUGUCCUCUGUGGAGCUCAGAGUCCUGCAGAACAUCAGCCUGCAGCAUGGGGAGGGGGGGGGCUGCGAGGACGGAGUCACAGGGGGGGAAACUGUCACAGAGGAGGAGGUGCAGGAGAUGGUGCAGGACGCGCUGAGGCUCUUCUCCCAGGACCGGACCGGCUUGGCCGACUACGCCCUGGAGUCCGGAGGGGGCAGCAUCCUCAGCACCAGGUGCUCCGAGACCUACGAGACCAAAGCGGCGCUGCUCAGUCUGUUCGGACUUCCUCUGUGGUAUUUCUCCCAGAGUCCCCGUGCAGUCAUACAGCCUGACGUGCAACCGGGGAACUGCUGGGCGUUCAGAGGCUCUUCGGGCUUCCUGGUGAUCCGGCUCUCCAUGCGGGUCGUCCCCUCCGCCUUCUCCCUGGAGCACAUCCCCAGAGCUCUGGCCCCCAGCGGGACGCUGAGCAGCGCGCCGCGGGACUUCAGAGUCUACGGUCUGCAGGACGAGGAGGAGGAGCGAGGGAAGCCGCUUGGCUCCUUCACCUACGACGAGCACGGAGAGGAUCUGCAGACGUUCCCCGUCACUGAGGAGAACACGUCCUGGUUCCAGAUCAUGGAGGUCCAGGUUCUCUCUAACUGGGGGAACCCCGAGUACACCUGCCUGUACCGCUUCAGAGUGCACGGCUCGCCUGCAGACACACACACACAGCAUUAAAUAAUGAUCACAUCAGGGAGACCGCUGAGUGUUUCCUGUGGAAAACACACUCCCAGUUUAACGUAAAUAUCAUUGUUCCUGUUAACGGUCCGUCUCGUUUCAGCCCCUCGGUUUAUUGGGCGGGAAUCUAGAAAACUUGUCCUUGCUUUCCUUUUUUUUUAAAUGCUUCAAUAACACCCGUUUCAUACUCAGGAAAAUCUGUGAAACUGAAGACAGGUUAUUUUUGCACUUUAGAAGAUGGAAGUGUGUUGUGGUUUGACUUGCUGUAAAUAUGAGUGUUUUUGUACGUGAUUACAAACCAGACCAAAUAAAGAGAGCUUUUAUUCAACU